AUGCAGAAAAUACUAAACUUAAAUACCUUCGUGGUACCUGUUUUGGAUGCUGAAAAUGCCUCAUAUAUACGUUCUUAUGAACCUACAUGGGCUGCACCAAAAUUUGAAUAUAUUCAUAAAAAUGUUUUAGAGCAUAAUUAUAAUAAAAUAAACAGAUCAGCAUCUCCUUCAGUAUCUGUUGCAACAAGUGAAGAGAAAAGUGAAGAUGAACAGGAUGAACCAAGUAGUAAUGAAGAAUCUGAUUUGGUACUAGAUUAUAAGUUGUUUGUAAAAUUAUCUGAUGGAACUUCGCUACCUGCAAAGUGGUUUAAAGAAUCAGUAUUAUCUAUAGAUGAAUUUUUUUCAUCUAUUCAUGAUAAAGUUAUUUUAUUAACAAAUGAUACAAAAAUUAUGCCAAAUAAUUAUCGUGUAACUUUUCAAACACAAAGAGAAGCAGGUGUCGGAACUCAAUUAGCUGAUACACAAGAUUUUCUUAAGUUUAAGGCUGAAUAUAUAAAAUUAAGUGCAAGGAAAUGCGAUAUUGGAAUUUAUAUUACAUUUACACAAUCAUCUCAAAAUAAACGCAAAAAAAAGGAAUUAGAUUCAGAUGAAGAUGAAGAUGUUGAAAAACUAAGCAACCAUAAAAAAAAUCGAAUUCCUAAUGUUUCAUCUUUAUCUUCAUAUGACAAGACUAUUGCUGAAAAUGUAUUAGAAAUUCAAAAUGCAUAUCAUUGUAAUAUUUAUAAUCGACCUUGUCUAAAUAAGGAAAAUUAUAAGGAUUUGCAUGUCGAAAUUACCUUUAUGAUGCUAUUAAUAUGGGCUGCAGAUAUAAAUAAAAGAUUGGCUACAAUUGAAACUCUUCUGACACAUCCUCUCUUUUCUUAUACUAAUAUAUUUAAAAAGAUACGUUUUUCAGGAUUGCCAGUAAUUACAUCACCACAACCACAAAUAACUCCAAUUUUAUUGUCUUCACUGUCACCACAAAUCCAACCACAGCCACAA